AUGGCGACCCGUCAACGCCCGCGGCCACCCAUGCUGCUGCCGCUGCUGCUGCUUCUCGCCUCCGCCCUCCAGGGGCAGGCGUAUCCGCAACCACUGCCCGCCUACCAUGCGGACGAUAUGGGCAUCGGAGGCGAGGACGGAUACAGAGCGGCGCAGAGCCCUGUGGGGUUCCCGCCGAACUUCUUCCUGCCUUCGGCGUUUGGCCCAGGCUUGUUCCAGCCGCAGCGGCAGACAGACCCCUUCGGGCUGCCGCCUGGGCAACCACUUCCGCCUCCAGGGCCGCCACCACCACCAUCAGCGCCAGCGCAGCCUCAAGCACCGCCCCCACCGCAGUCACCGCCACCGCCGCCUCCACAGCCAGACGGUCCUCCGCCACUGCCACCACUACCGCAGCCCCAGCCUCAGUUCCCACCCGGAGCUCAGUUUCCACCGUUUCCUCAGUGGCCACCGGGAGGGCAGUUCCCGCCGGGAGGCCAGUUCCCACCCAGCCUACCGUUCCCACCGGGAGGCCAGUUCCCACCCAGCCUACCGUUCCCACCUGGAGGCCAGUUCCCACCCAGCCUACCGUUCCCACCGGGAGCCCAGUUCCCACCAGUGAUGCCGCAGUUGCCUCCCGGCUGGCCUGCGACGGGGUCUGGGAACCCUCUGUCGGCGGUGCCGAUACUGUCGCCGGUCCCGACUGGGUUCGUGCCUCUCGGGUCGGGCCCCGUCCUGCCCAUGUCCCUGCCCCCGCAACAGCUGUCGGCGCCGCAGCUCCAACAACAGGCUCCUCAGCCGGCGCCGGGAGCGCGCUCUGUAGGCCCUGACCACGCGGAGCACUCCAGGUCGUCGCACCUCCUGGAGCCGGCGAAUCUCUUCAAGACUGCGCGCCACUGGCACCGCCCUCUCACCACGCUCGUGCUGCCGCCGCCCACCACCUACGUACCCAUGGAUAUUCGUGCAACAUCUACCCUAUGGAGCAGUGGAGGCGUGAGCGCUGUAAAUACUUUCAUUUAG